UCCUUGGAAGCAAAAUAUAAAGAAAUGGGGCUCAAGACUUUUGCAAAGUAGUGUACAUCCUGUAAGAAGAAUUAUAAGCUUUUUACAUUGUUGCUGCUAAUCAGUUGCCUUGCUUGUCAAAUCAACCUCAGCAGUUUCCAGAAGAAACACAUCAGUGUUAUUACACAAUGUCGAAGUGAUCUGAGACUAUAGCGACUGCAAUUUAUUUAAUUCUAUUUAGCCAAUCCAAAACCUUAUUUCUUGUAUUCAAAUGAUGUAAUCUUAUUGUUAAUGUGGCACUUUAUAGAUUUUACAUGUAAAGAUUUUUUUACAUGUCAUUAAUUAAUAUUUUGUGUAUGAAAACAUUUUCUUUUCUUUUUUUGUGAACAGUAUGCAUUGAGAGGAAUGAUUUUUAGUUUAAGACCUGAAAGAUGCCUGGAAAUCAGUAGUUGUACAGUAUGUUUGUUUGCUCUUAAAUACGGUGUUCCAAAAUGAUUAUAGCAGCUAGAACAGAGGUAAAAGUGGAAGGAAAAGAUGGAGGGAAAGAAUGAGUCACGAUACAGAGAUAUGGAAACGACUGAAAGAGGGAUGUGAAAUGCAGCAAGACUGUUCGACGUAGAACGAUGGAUGCCAUACGCGGGAGGGAGGGAGGGAGGAUAAGAGGCAGACACGCAGCAAAAAAUAGCUUAGAGGGAGAGUGCGUGGCAGAAAGCCGGUCGUUUCUCUCGUGAGUUUGCACAGGGCAGACAGCCCUGCCUCUUUCUGUGCUACGUCACAGCAGAGCUGAGUGAGCAGGACUACCCUGAUGCUGAAAGGAGGAGAGGAACACUUUAGUCUGCUCAAGUGGUACUGUGUGCUGCAUCUCAUCUGUGAAUCUCCUAUUGACAUCACAGAGCUCACCUCGCCAAAUAAGAGAUUAGGCUCGUAUAUCAAAGAUAUAAAGUCUUCCUCCUGCUUCUAAACUCUCAAGACCUUUUGGACUGUUCUUCAUCUUUUUGCUCCUGUCACUCAUUCAGCUGUCACUCCGAGCUCUGGGUUCACAAGAUACAGGUGUGCCUUUUACACUGGAGGUCAAGUAGAUUUAAAGCUCGAUCUUAUCAACUGAGGACUCCAACAAACAAGAAACUCAACCAGAGGAUUUAUUUGAUUCUAGAGUUGUUCAGGACAACUGGAGGACCACUGAAUAGCUCAGCAUUAAUUUACUGGCAUAAACCAGUCUUAUUUUUAAUGUUAGUUUUUGCAGGUUGCCGGGUAAACUUAAGACUUUGACUGCAGAUGUGGAUCAUCUGUGCUUGUGGAACAUUUUGACUGAUGAAUCAGAAAUCGUGUUAAUGAUUGUUUUUCCCCAGAGGUGCCGGCAAAUGGAUACCUCAUCACUGCUGACUCACCAUUGGUCCAAAGAUGCCAUGCUCCAGCUCCCUCAAGUUGGAGUUAAAGCUUUUAAACGUGAUUCUGCCUGGGAAAACAUCAUUGAUUGGAAGGAAUGAAAACAUGACGAAUGUCUCGCUUGCUUGAAUAGAUAUCGGAUCUCCAGUUUGGUUCAAAGGGAUGCUGAAUGUUUAUCUUGUGUACUGCCAAGAAUGAUGCAAGAAGUAGCUGUCAUCUUUGGGUCAUCCCUUGAGAGCAGAACAUAUAUAUGCUCCCAAAUGCUGCCUCUCAUUUCUUCAGGAAGAGCCUUAGGAACUGCUUGAAGCAUUUCCCCUGUUUUAAACCAAGGACAAACUCAUUGAUUAUUUUCAUCUUUGGUAUUUCACUUCCUUACUUUAUUUUGACCCCUCAGACCUUUUUUAUUUUUAAUCAGAGUUUUUUUUUUUUCCUUUGGAAUGAAGUUACACUUACCAUGGGAUAACUAAACAUUAAACUAAGUGCUUUGAUUAAUCCCCUGUGCAACAUGGUUGUGACUCGUCUGGAGUUGGAGCUACGCUACCAAGGCAAGAAGUUACGUGGCGUGACCUGGAAGCUGACUCGAUCAGAACAUGGUUUCCUACCAGAGAGCUCUUGGCUCAUUGGGGCGCAGGUUAUCGUACCAUACCUCAUAUCAGGACUUGGAAUGGUCUCCGCGGGUAUCGUUAUGGACCUUAUACAACACUGGGAGGUGUUUAAGGUGAUCACAGAAGUUUUCAUCCUGGUUCCAGCUCUGGUUGGACUCAAAGGAAACCUGGAGAUGACCUUGGCUGCGCGCCUCUCUACCGCUGCUAACACAGGCCAAAUGGAUGACCCUGAUAAACAAUGGACCAUGGUGUGCAGCAAUCUGGCACUUAUUCAGGUCCAGGCCACAGUGGUAGGAUUCCUCGCCGCAGUGGCAGCAAUUUGUUUAGGGGCGAUUUCCAGAGGAGGCAUUGAACUGGAACAAGCAGCUGUCCUGUGUGCCAGCAGUAUCACCACCGCCUUUGUAGCUGCUCUGUCUUUAGGCCUGGUGAUGAUUGGAGUGAUCAUCGGCUCGAGGAAAGUGGGAAUCAACCCUGACAAUGUGGCCACUCCCAUUGCUGCGAGUCUGGGGGAUUUGAUCACCCUGUCCCUGCUGGCUGGGGUCAGCAGCGCGCUCUAUGAGUAUAAAGACAUAUGGUACCUGUCACCUAUGGUGUGUCUGGUCUUUCUCUGUCUCAUCCCGGUCUGGGUGUUGGUGGCCCGACAAAGCCCUCAGAUCAGAGAGGUUCUCCGUUCAGGAUGGCAGCCCGUAAUAGUGGCCAUGUCCAUUAGCAGCUUUGGAGGCCUUAUACUGGACAAGACAGUGAGUGAUCCCAACUUCGAGGGUAUGGCUAUCUUCACUCCUGUCAUUAAUGGAGUGGGUGGCAACUUGGUAGCCAUCCAGGCCAGCAGGAUCUCUACCUAUCUGCACUUUUGGAGCAUCCCAGGGGUGCUACCCUACAAGAUGAGGCAGCACUGGCCCAAUCCCUGCAUCACCUUCUUCUCCUCAGGGGUCAACUCAAAGUCAGCACGGGUGCUGUUGAUGCUCGUUAUACCCGGUCACCUGGUCUUCCUUUACGCCAUCUCUCUGCUACAAGGAGAGGAGGCACCUAUCACCAUAGCCUUCACUGUCUGCUACCUGUGUGCUGCUCUGAUACAGGUGGCUAUCCUCCUUUAUGUUGCUGACCUAAUUGUCCGUUUGAUGUGGAGACGGAGUCUGGACCCUGACAACUUCUCCAUCCCGUACCUGACUGCCCUGGGAGACCUGCUCGGCACUGGUUUCCUGGCUCUCUGUUUCCGCUGCGUGUCAGUGGUUCAAAGCCUGGGUCUAUAAACUGACUUUUUUUUCCAUUAGGAACUGAACUCUUAGCCUGCCACCAUCGUAUUGAACCCGAUUUUUGUUACAUUAACAAAAAUGCUUUUGAUUGGACAAUAAAGCAUUUUUGGAUCUUUCCCACUGCACCUGAGAAAUCCGUAUUUGUCACAAUUCAAACCUUUACACUGAUGGGAGGUACAGCACUGGUGACAUCCACCCAUUUACAUCCAUCCAUCUGGAUAGGUUAUUCUGCUUGGACACAUCCACUUUAAGCCUAGCAACCAAUCAAUCUUUUUUUUUUUGCCUAGCCAAAAUGAUGUCCUUCAUUUUGAAUUAAUGUUGACUAUGAUUCCUCUGUUUCUUGGUCCUUAUGUGGUUACCCUGCGUGGAAUAUGUAGCAACUUAUCAUAGUGGCAUGACAGCAAGAUUUUGUUUUGUCUUUUUAAAUCUAAGGGAUAGAACAGACUUAAAGCAGCCCGUCUUUGGGUGCAUUGCACUAUGCAUUGAUUUUGGAGGAUGGAGAGGAUGAUAUAUGUCACACACUAACUCAGCAGUCCCCAACCCCUGGGCCACCGACUGGAAUCGUUCGGUACGCGCCACGUGAGUUGAGGCUCAGGUGUGAAAUGUAUCGUUAACUCAGUGUCCCUGGGUCUUUUCCCAUGUUUUAAUUGUGAGACUUAUUUUCAAAGAAAUAUUUAUGCGUUACCAUAGCGACCAGAGAGCAUUAAGGGGCAGAGAGGAGGAUGUUACUCUCAAUGUUGUUGGCCCAUUUCAGGAUGCUGCUGCUAAUAAAGUUACAGAAUUACACAGUGAAUUUGCGUUUAUUACUAUACUUACAAAAUACCACGGUUUUUAUCUUGGUCAUAUUAUUUGAUUUUGUUGUAUUUAUCCGCGACACCUUAAAGGCCGAUCCGUGAAAACAUUGUAUUACACUAAACGGGUCCGUGGCACCAAAAAGGUUGGGGACUGCUGCACUAACUGGAAUAUAAAAUAAUGGGGAAUGUUCUCAUGAUAAUCUUCUUAUCUCUAUCAUAAUCCACAGAAUGUACUUUAUAAGGAUUCUAACAACCAAAAUAGACACCAGUCUUUGUGCGGAUUUAUAAUGUUGAGAUACUGAGACAGAUGGACGGACAGAAAUAAUAACUGUUAAAUGUUUGACAUCUGUAAAUCUUUUUUUUCUCUUGUCCACAAUGCACAGCGCUCUCCUGAAUAUCUAAUGUUCAGAUUAUGUAGAGCUUCUUGUUGGACAUUCACUAGAUAAAUGUACAGUAUCGUUAGCGUGCACAUUAAGUCAAUAAGCCAAUGAUUAUGAGAAAGGAGAUUGUUGUUCAGAUUUCACAUCAUACUAGAAAUUGUUAAAAAUGUGUUUCUAAACACUGAAGUGUGAAAAUGUGUGUGCACCUCUCACCUUGUGCGUCACGAUCUCAAUGUUCAGAAAGCGUUCUGCAAUAUUUUGAUAGUUGUGAACUUUGUGCUGCCACUUGAUGAUUUUAAAAAACCAGACAGCUGCCUCUGGAAUUCUCUCACUACUUGAUAUUACAUCCCUUUAAUGGAGGAUCAACAAAGCCUUACUAUUCAUAGUGACCUCAUCAUUACAGCAGUGAGUGCAUACUUAUUUUGUCGGUUAUGGAAAGUCUUUGCACAUAUUGGACUUUAAGGUUUUAGCUCAGCUCUUGACCAAAUCCAAAACUGACCUUUAACCCCAGUUCUUGGUCAUAGUCUGUCUUGAUAUCCUUGAUUUUCUUUGUCUUGUCUUAGAACCCCAAAAUAGUAGAGUUCAGAAAUAUCCCACUCUUCUGGACACGUUUAAUCCACGCUGGUAUAAUUUGCAUCUGGUGUCACAUUCUGCCUGUGUUCACUGUGCCCUUUUUUAAUUCACGUAACAGUUAAAGUCAUGUUUAAGCUGCUUUAUAUUCAGACUUUGAACAUUCAAAUGUUCAAUAAAACAUAAAAGAUAGAAUCAGUAAAAGUUCAUGACAGCAUUUGGGUGACUAAAUCAGACUGGCCCAAACUAUGUCCUUGUCUUUCUGUUUGAGUUUACAUGAUGUUUCAAAAUAACACUGAAACACAAAUGUGUGUGUACAUGCACUCAUUAAACACAAGGAGAGUUUCUCAUUUUUCACGUGCAUGCACUUUUCGAGUAAACCUCAGACAUAAAUGUGUUUCUGUCAACAACCUGUCUUCUCAGUGAACAUUUAUGUGAGGUACUGCAGUGUUAAUAGGUCUUUGCUGAAAGCUUUUAUUGUAACACUGUUAAGCACUAGGUGCAUAAGAACAAUAGACGUGUACUACUUGAAUUCCAGGUUAGUCAUCUGAGAUUAGUGUAUUAACUGUGAUACUGUGAGAUUUUAGACCACAGCUAAGAUUGUGUUGUACCAGCACACAAGUGAGUCGUAACCAGUGUGGGUGAAGGGGCUGGAUGAUAUAAUUUAAAAUUUGUCAUUCGCAUAACAAUUAAGGUUAAUAUGACAGUUUUAGGAAAUUAGUUAUUUAGACUAUUAUGUUUGUUUGACUGUGGAUUGUCUGCUGUUUGAAUUUUUGACAGUGAUCCAAAUUAGACGCACAUUUAAUUUAAAACUGUUAAAAGGAAAAGUUUAGUGUUUUAAUAAAUUAUUAUUUUCAACUGCCAUUUCUAAAAAUGUAAAAGAGUAAAAUAUUUGGAUAAGAAGGACAAUAAAUGGAUGUUGCUGGUAAAGCCAGAGUUGUUGUAGUAGUCCCCCCGCUUCAUUCAUGUUCACAUGGACGACAUAUAAAAUGAUGUUCUUGUAGUCUACCGUAGGUGGCGUGAUGUCUGCCAGGUUAUAACAAAUUAGAGGGUAUUUGCAUUGGGCCUCACUUGAGGGUCACCCUGUAACUACAAAAUGCUCUGAUCCAAAGUGGAGUCUCGCAUACCUGCAGACCACUACACCAAAUGGUUUAAAGAGAACAAUCACAGAUAAAAACAUGGGAACAUUACUUGAGCAUUUAAUUUAGUAAUUUUAUAAACAUGGAUCCAAGUUCUAGGGAUGGCGAUAACUUGUUCACAGUGCUGCCUUUUAUCCCAGUUAAAUGCUUAAACUGUAAAAUGGAAAAAACUAACUAUUUAUCCAUGUCAAAGGCAAUCACCGUAAUAUGAACUUUAAAUAGUGAAACACUGUACCUUAAAACUAGCAUAACUUUAUGCUUGUAUAGCUCCCUAUUGAGCUAUACUUAUAUGUAUAGCUCAAUAGAGCUAUAUGUGUAAGGUAUAGAAUAAGUUUAACUGGCUUAGGUAAGCUAGCACCUGCUAAUUACAGCUAAACCUUUAAAGUGAAGCAAUGGUAGCAGUUUAGCUAAUUGUUAAAGAUAGCUAAAUACUUGUUUGCUUUAAACUUUAGAGUGAUAACUAUUUAUCUUAGCACUAACAUAACCUAAGGACCUAGUCACACAGUCUGCAACCAUCUGGCAACAACCAAACAUGUAUUCUCUGAUCAGUUGUGAAUUGCUGUGAGAAGUCACUGUGAGGUUGUUUGCUCAGCUCAUUUCAUACGGGCCUAGAGACCAGGGCAGUGUGCAUUCAACUGGCAACUGGUUUCUCUGUAUUGUGUGCAGUCACUAGCAUGAAAAUGAUUGCAGAAAGAUAUAUGGUACUGCACCAAAAACCUCCUUGAAAUUGCUUUAGUCACUAGCAGAUUGCUGCGGUCUUCAGCAAAUUGUCCAGAAGAUGCUGACUUUUAAAAACUAUUCAACAGGUGGUAGUGAAACUGGGAAGACAGGGUUGUCCACUAGUCUCUAGGCUUGUGUGAGUGAGGCCUAAAAAUCUACAAGUUAUAAACAAUGAAAACGAACAUUAACUGCUAAUAUAAUAUACCUGCUAGCUAUUAGCUCAACUUAGCUCACUGCUAAAUGGCUUUUAAUUGAGAGUGGUCAGUCUUUGCAUCUAGCUUUUUGCAAGAAAGCAAACCUCUAUUUUAUUUAUUUCUUUUUUAGUGUAUCAUCCAGCCCUAUUGGACAGUAUGGAGUGCAACUGGAACAAAAACAUCUGACUGCAAACUUGCACUGUGUUUUAUUAGUAGUCUGAAGUUGCCUUGAAAGCAAAAAUGUCAACCAUGUUGUAACUAAAAUCUCGUCUACAAGCAUCUCAAUGUUUAAAAAAAAAACAAUCUGUAUUUAAAUGUUGCAACAGUUCUUUGUCUUUUCCUUUACCUUUGUCAGAGCUUGUACUGUACUUCAGUGUUGACACUGCCACGUUAUGACGUUAGGGCCUUUUUAAAGCGCCUUUAUUUUCUAAUCUUGCUGUGUUCAGUUCUUCAAGCUUCCAUACCUACACUGUGCUGUCUUAUGUGUCUGGAGAUUAAAGCAAAAUUGUUGGUGAGUGUUAAUGUGACUUUGUGGUUAUGAACAGUUCUAUUUUAAUAAAAAACUAACAGACUAAUUUCCGAUUGUCUGUGGCAUUAUCAUACAAAUAAGAAAAAAAAAAGUCCCGCUACUCCAGCAUGUGUAUGGUUUUUAAAGUUUGGGGCAGUUUUACUAUU